AUGGAUUUGGUCAAUCAAUCAAAUGCUAACCACGUUCGACGAAAAAUAGAGGGCCGCCUCCAACAAGCCACACUCGACCUCCUCUCCGGCUCCGACAUCCAAUUCCGACGCGAAACCCGUCUCGACAUCGCACUCGUGAAAAACCUGCCCAUCGCACUCAUCUUCCUCCCCGCCGCCGACAUCCCAACCUUCGUCGGUGAAGGGCGCGUUGAUCUCGGCAUCACUGGUCGCGACCAAGUAGGCGAACACGACGCUGCUCUCUCUGAAGGCGAAGAAUCCGGCGUCACGGAAGUCCUCGACUUGGGGUUUGGAGGAUGCAAAUUGCAGGUGCAAGUACCCGAAAAGGGGGAUAUCACAGAGGCGAAACAACUGGUAGGCAAAAAUGUGGUUACUAGUUUCACGGCAUUGUCGACGCAAUUUUUUGCGGGCUUGGAGGGUGUGACAGCCGAGAAGGCGUUGAAGACGAAGAUUAAGUACGUGGGUGGUAGUGUGGAGGCGGCGUGUGCGUUGGGUGUUGCUGAUGGGAUUGUUGAUUUGGUUGAAUCCGGUGAAACCAUGAAAGCAGCCGGCCUCAAGGCUAUCGAUACCGUUGUCCAGAGCACUGCUGUCCUAAUCAAGUCCAAGAACACCAAGAACGAGCUCGUAGACUUGAUUGCCAGCCGUAUUCGCGGUGUCAUCGACGCACAAAAAUAUGUCCUCUGCCAAUACAACAUCCCACGCAACCAACUCGUCUCCGCCACAAAAAUCACUCCCGGCAAGCGUGCGCCGACCGUCACCGCACUGGAAGAAGCGGAUUGGGUUGCUAUCAGCGCCAUGGUUGAGAAGAAGAAGAUUGCCACUGUGAUGGAUGAAUUGACGACUGUCGGUGCUACAGACAUUUUGGUGCUGAAGAUCGAGAAUACGCGAUCUGCUUCUGCUUGA